AUGGCGCCACAACCCGAUAAGGAUGCUGCGGCCAUUGAGGCUAUGAUGAUGGACCUUGGCGACCAACGUCUGGAGGAACUUGCGAAGGAGGAUGACCGUCAUGGACGUCGCGAUGCACGCCGCUUGCAAUUUCCCGCCCAAAGCAUCCAUUCAGACCAGAAAAAGCAAGAGGUUAGAGUCCCGUCGAACCCCUUUGCAGGAGGCUGGAACAUUGCUGUCACUUCCGGCCACUUUCAAGACAGUGACGCCCUCAAUGUAUCCAACCUUGAUACAAUUGCUGGUGGUCGUCUUCAUGCACUCAACAGAGAGCAUCCAGGUACUGGCCGUGACAGGCGUGUUGGAAACCAGAAUGUCAACAGAGUCCAGACUAUCUCCUGGCAAGAGAUAAAAGACAAAAGCAGAAGCCAGGAUGUGUCCUGCUAUGAUCCCAUAAACCCUGGUAAACAGAAGGCCAUACUUCCUCGACGACGAGACUUCCUGACAAGUGACAACCAUAGGUCAGGCCCUGCAAUCACAAUGGGCGCAAUUGAGAGUAAUGGCCCAACCCAGCAGUGGGGCAGUCACACAUCUCCAGCAAAGUCGCCAACACCAGCUGCAGCCUCAACAACAAACUCAACGUCGAACUACCAGCCUGCUAAGCAAUGGAAUUCAUUCCGCCCUGCUGAACGGUCGGUUAUCCAAGCUGCACUGGCAAACGCAAUUCCGGAGCCAGCAUCUGCUACGCCGGAUGGACACCGAGAGGCUCGAGGCGCCAUCACCAACGGCCCAAGAAAGUCAUUUGCACCUACAGCACUGCAAGAUGAGAUCACAGCGGACACCACUCAAGUCAACAGACUUGAUAGUGAACAGCUUAUUCCGCCUCCGGGUCUGCCAGUUACUCCCCAUCUACAAGCCACUCCGGCAGAAAGUACUACCGCAAAACACGCCGCAGAUGCGCGUUCGGCUUCUCGAGGCAUAGCAAGUGCGGCAAAGGCUUCGACUCAAGGUUUCGUGCCUCCCCACCUGAGAAUGACUUCGCAUGUUGCCAGAUCUCCUGCAGCAUCCGUCGUGAAUGACAUUCCACCUACUCCCACCAUUGUAUCUCCAGUAGCCUGCACGACUUCGACAACUUUGUCACAUCCCGGCGCUCUGUCAGCGAUUGCCAACGGCGAUGAAGUUGCCCCUCUUCGUCCCCAUGAGAGCCGUAUUGAGUCACAGGCUCACAUCAGUCCUUUAAUUGCAACCCCAAGACAGGAACGUGCAUCUGCAACUACUGGACCAGCUCCACAAUCUGCACCUGUCAGUUUAGACUCAGCCCAGCCCACAUUAUUUUUUGAGGCCAAGAUACGCGCCGCGCGGACCGUCAAGUCUUCGGGCAAUGUAAAGGUCUUCUCUGGGAAGAUGUACGUCUACCAGUAUCCGGGCAGGAAUGCCGCUAUAUGGGAACUUCGUUGGUCUGAUGGUUUUGUGAUCAGAGAGGACUUUCGUGCAUUUGUUCCCCCAAUGAGCAAUGGAAGCAGGCUCAUGGUACGAAGACAGGACCAUCCAGGCCAGAUCCUUCGCACCACACAAAUCCGAGUUGAUACCGCUGCCUUAGGUGCAGAGUUCAGCCAGAUCUGUAAAGCACUCAAACCUCGUUUCGAGUCGUCAGAUGUACCUUGGUACCCUUUUACAGAGGAACAGGGCAACCCCACUGAUUAUGAUAGCAUCGACUUGACAACUUUACUACCGCUAGCUGGUAGUUCCGAGUACAAUAAAACUGUCACUGACAAGCCUGUUUCAACUCAAUCGACGGAUUGCGUUAGCAAACCGUCUACCGCACAGCACUCAGCUAUGACUCCUACGACUCUGGUUGUCGACAAGCUCGUACUGACCGAGCUGCCGACGGCACACCCUGCGAACCAGUUGCCAACCUUCAUGGCUGAGUCUGCCCCAACAGAGUUACUUCAAGAUCAAGACCAGUGUGGCUAUCAACUAACCCUAGAAGAUGAUGCACUCGGUGAUAUGGUUCGUGACUUGGACCAGCAUGAUGUUAGAGAAGAGGCAGGGCGUCCCAAAGAAGAGGAGGAAGCCUCACAAGCACGACAAGUUGCAGAGGAAGCCCUUGCGGCUUGUCGACAAGCUGAACUCGAACUUGAGCAGGAAGCACGAGCCAGAGCUAGUACGCGAACUCGCGACGCUGACAUCAUAGUUAAGAGAGAAAUCAAUUGUGAGACCAACGAGAAGACUGAGAUGCAAGCAAGAAGAGCACGACUUGAAGAAAAAGUUGCCACACCUUCUCGUUCAGCUGAGGUGCUGAUUGAUACAAGCUUUGAGUCUCCAGAUUCUCAAGGUCCAUCUUAUGCCAACGACUUACAAGGCAUGGUGUAUGAGCUGCCUUCCACUUCUGCAGUCAACACAGACAAGUCCAUACCCACAACCUCCAGUUCAAUCAUCAAACAGGCGUUACCAGAGCUGCGCAUGAAGUUAGAGCCGGUGGUGUCCUCUGAGCCGGCUCUUAUCUUGACAGACAACCAAGACCGCACUGGGCAGCAGGUCGCACAGGUCGACGCUGGUGAAGAAGGUAGUACGAUCAAUGCAGCAAAGCUUGCCAACGUAUCUCUGGGGACCGAUUUGACGGUACAGUCGAUGGCCAUUCUCUGUCAACUUAAUAUUGCCCAUUACUGCGAGUUGUCUCGAGCCUUCGAUGAGCAACUCUAUUGGAUGAAGCAGAUGGGACCUCACACAUCCGGCUCCGUGCAUGACGCAGCUGGCGUGCAAGUGACGAUAAUACACCUCGCCAGACAUACUGCAUUCAAGCGUCUUGACAACGAAGAGAGAAUCAAGACAGCGGCAGUGGUAUUUCACAACCUCAGACAGCUGAAGACUGGCCAUCGUAUCAAGUACAGCAUGACUCGGAUCUUUGAGUUGAAACCGUAUGCACGACGCGUGCAUGCAUCCGUGAUACUGGCCAACGAGUGCUUGGCUCUGGCAAAGGAUGCUCGCAGUGGACGAGCCCCCGGUACAGCUUUCCUUACCCAGAAAUUAGUCUCUUCCGCCCGACAAUCUUUCUCUCUUUCUCCGCCAUCAUUCGCCAAUCUGCAGACUUCAUUUAUACCUCGCCUCCCAACACAAUCAAGGCAGGCAAGCCCGACACCACCGACAGGCAGUGGAGUUUCUUCACGCCAGACAGCGAAUCAAGAGACACAAACAGACAUUAGACCAUGGAUAACAGUUGAGCGACCGGAAGAAGUUGCAGCAAGAACAUUACUAUCCGCGGCUAUUCAAGCUCGAGAGGACAACCAUGCUUUUCAGUCACACCAGUCAGUUACACGUUCCCAAGCUACUGCUGUGACAGCAGCUCAGCCUUCGACUCCUUCAACUAACACCACGAUGAAAGAAAGCCGUCCAGUGCCUCCUCAUCUCCGAAGAGUCGGUUACCAAACGGGACUUGGAGCAUCCCGAUGGGCCUAG